AUGAUCCAUGUGUCCUCCUUUUUUGCAGCCAAAAUCUCUGGCUUUGGAGCUGUGAUCCAAACCACCAGCUGCGGGACCAGUACAUCAGGGUUUGGCAGCACCAUCUCAGCGCCCUUCACAUCCAGGGUGUCAGCAGGUCCCACUGGCAGUGGGGGCUUUGGGACAAGUGUGGAUGCCCCCCACAGCCGCUCCACCACUGGGGCCUUUGGCUUUGACUCAGGACGGAGUGGGAGAACUGGUCUCAAGAACUCUUUCUGGGGAGACUUGAAUCCAAACUCCCUGGGUGCAGCUGGCCAGAGCACACCCUCUGCUUUCCAUGUGGCCAGCAGACCUCAGAAACCCCCUGGGUUUGCAGCAAUCACCUCCGGCCUUGGAGCUGUGACCCAGACCACCAGCUGCGGGACCAGUACAUCAGUGUUUGGCAGCCCCUUCCCAUCUCAGCACCCUUCCCAUCCAGGGUGUCAGCAGGUCCCACUGGCAAUGGUGGCUUUGGGACAAGCGUGGCUGCCCCCCAGAGCCUCUCCACCACUGGAGCAUUUGGAUUUGGCUCUGGAUGGAGGGGGAGAACUGAUCUCAAGAACCCUUUCUGUGGAGGAUUGAAUCCGAACUCCCUGGGUGCACCCUCUCCCUUCCACCUAGCCAGCUCGCCUCAGAACACGUCCGCGA